AUGAAGGCAAGGGACAGCAUCACAUGGUAUGGCAUGUGCCUCCACUUUACAAAAAAAGAACCCAAGAUGUAUGAUAACAAUGUCCCAGAGUUCCCAUGUGCCACUGGCUCACCAUCAUUCUCCUCUGAGACACAGUGCACUGUUGCUUGCUUUGAUGACUUAACAGUCUGCUUCUUCAGUGACCUUGAUAAUGAAGGUAAAAAGAAGGGGACUGAAAAACCAGAGCAAGAAGGAAGCAAUGGCAGUUCUGGUAGGGCACCAACUGCUAGACUGAAGCAUGGACUGUCUAACAACGUAUCUGCCCAACAUGGGAAAGAAAUCUUGCCACGCAAGUCAGCAACAUCAAGGUCACUGAAGAAGCAGACUGUUAAGUCAUCAAAGCAAGCAACAGUGCACUGUGUCUCAGAGGAGAAUGAUGGUGAGCCAGUGGCAGAUGGGAAUGAUGGAUUCUCAAAAGAGGAAGUCAACACUGCAUCACGGGUGCCACCACGGCGGAAAGCACCACCUGCAAGACAAAAGCAUGCCCUAUUGAACAAUGCAGACACUAAAGAUGGGGAUGAGAUCUCUUCAGUAUCAAGUACCACAAAGCCUUUGAAGAAACAGCCAGUUACUUCCAUUCAGAAGCAAGAGAAUGAAGGGGCAAAGGAAGAGGGGAACAAAGAAACAUCUCAUAAGACACAGCCUACCAGAUCACAGCGUGGGCUGCCAAGCAGUGCAUCUCCCCAUGGUGCAAAUAAAAUCACCCAGCCAGGACCAACUACCUCAGAACCAUUGAAGAAGGAGGCUGCUGUAAAAUCAUCAAAGCCUCCAUCAACUGCAGUUAGUGCAGCAUCUCGUACACAGAAACGAUUAGCAGCAAAAGAGGAUUCAGAACCAGUACCUGUUGUGAAGAAAAAGGCACGACAACGCCCAGAGGCUGUGCCUUCUGACUAUCCCAUUACGAUACUUCCUCAACUAGAAGGUAUAUUCUUGGAGGUCUACACCUUUGGAUGCAAUGAUGAAGGUGCUCUUGGUCGUAGAACUGAGGAGGAAGAGGAAAGUUUUGAGCCCAAAACAGUCCCAUUGCCCUUUGCCCCAAAGAAAUGUAUUCUUGUGACAGCUGGUGAUUCUCACACUGCAGUCCUGACGUCUGACUUCUGUGUGUACGCCUGGGGUACCUUCCGAGAUCUGCAUGGACCACUGGGUCUUUUACCCUCUGGUAUUGGUGGCAUAGUGCACAAGGCAGAGUUAAUCUAUGCAGCAGAACCAGUGAAGAAGAUUGCUUCAGGCGAGCAUCAUUUGGUGAUAUUGACUGUGAAUGGUGGUGUGCUGUCCGUAGGCUCGCCUGAUCAAGGUCAGCUGGGUCGUGUGCCCAGACAACGCUUGGAUCGUGGUGGGCGUCUUGGGCCAAGAGAUCUGUUGGAGCCACAGGCCAUGAAGCUUCCAAGUAGUUUUGGACAAAUUGUCAAUAUUUGGGCUGGAGGAAUGGGCAACAUCCUUAAAGAUGGAAGAGGUGUAAUAUAUGCAUGUGGUCUAAAUAACCAUGGUCAACUUGGUUUGCCUCUUGUGGAUGAGAAACGAGUUAUCCUCAUGCCAGAAAAAAGUAUUGGGUUAGCUGAUAAAAAAUGGAAAGAAUUUGCCCUGGGACAGCAUCACACCAUAGCUCUGGAUAUGGAUGGAAAAGUUCACAGUCUGGGUCGAGGCCAUGAUGGUCGGCUUGGCCUUGGUGAGGUCACUGGGGAAUCGGUAUAUCUGCCUCAGUGUGUGCCUGCCCUUGCUCAGAUUCACUGUGUCAGCAUUCAUGCUGGUGAAUCUGUGUCUUUCACUAUUACUGAUGAUGGUGUUGUGUAUGGUUGGGGAUUUGGGGAAAACCUACAGCUUGGCACAAAGGAAGGGAAGGAUGCAUAUGAGCCUGUGAUGAUCACAACAAAGGAUGGUGCCCCCUUCCAUGCAAACACAGUUGCUGUUGGGUCCCAGCAUGUGGCAUUCCUCUCUCAACAAUGAACCUGUCAUUUCCAUAAUGCUCCAAUGCUUUGGUUUCAUUUUACUCACUUUCAUUCUUACUAUCUUGGCACUUUUUGCCCUUUCAUACAUGGCUUGUUCUUUAUUUGAAAAAAGGAAGACAUUUUGUUGAGGAGGAUUUCAGAAUGACAUUCAAAGCAUGAAAUUUCAUAAUUGGAGGAUUCAUGUGGUGAACUCUAGCUAAUCCCUACCUCAGGGGCUCAGACAAUGGUUUUUUUUCUCUUUACUGGGAGAAAAUGAUGAAGCUUGACAACUUGAAGAAAAUAGGAGGCACGUUACUAAGGUCAAGGAAAAUGAAAAAAAAAAAAACCAUUGACAAAGAUUUAAGAAAUGUUAGGCAGCAAUGAAUUCCAUCACUUCCAUGCAUUUUCUCCAUUUGGCUUCAUAAGUCAAAUGAUUUGUUAAUGAAUUUCAAAAUAAAUGGGGUCAGGAUUAAUGAGAGUUCACUGUCCUUUUCUUAUUCUUUUUUUUUUUCCUUUUGGACAACUUCUAGGUGAUUUCCUGAAAGAAUGUUGGAAUGGAUUUCCAGGUUUAUGAAUCCUUCACAAUUAGAGGAUUCAUGUUUCUCAUCAUUUUGAGAUCUCUAAGAAGUUGCAUGUCUGUGC